AUGCACCCCUGCAAAGACAUUCUGAUCUCCUGCAGUGAGGAUCGCCUCUGGAAGAUGGUGGGCCUCCCAAAGGGCAAUGUGCUUCUUACAGGAUCUGGCCACACUGACUGGCUGUCAGACUGCUGCUUCCACCCCAGUGGCAACAAGUUGGCUACUUCAAGUGGUGACUCCACAGUUAAAUUAUGGGACCUUUCAAAAAAUGAAUGCAUAUUGACCUUUGAAGGACACAGUCACGCAGUAUGGUCCUGCACAUGGCACUCUGGUGGUGAUUUUGUGGCUUCUGCCUCACUGGAUAUGACUAGUAAAGUCUGGGACGUCAAUAGUGAACGGUGCAGAUAUACGUUAUAUGGACACACAGACUCUGUGAACAGCAUUGAGUUUUUCCCUUUCUCCAACACUCUACUUACCGCUUCUGCAGACAAGACCUUAUCUGUGUGGGAUGCACGAACAGGUAAAUGUGAGCAGUCUCUGUAUGGUCACAUGCAUUCUAUCAACGAUGCCACCUUCACGUCUAGGGGCCACAUAAUAGCAUCCUGUGAUGCUCGUGGAGUUACAAAGCUGUGGGACUUCAGGAAGCUCAUUCCAAUUGUGUCCAUUGAUGUGGGUCCAAGUCCCGGCAAUGAGGUGAACUUUGACUCAACAGGUCGAGUAUUAGCUCAGGCAAGCGCCAACGGGGUAGUCCAUUUGCUGGAUCUUAAAUCUGGAGAAAUUCACAAACUGGUGGGCCAUGAGACUGAGGUGCAUACUGUGCUGUUUUCCCACAAUGGGGAGAAUCUGUAUUCUGGAGGGUCUGACGGCACCGUUCGAUUGUGGCUCUGAUCAGCAACAGCACACCCUGCUGCAUAGGGCAUUCUCUCUAAGGUUUAAAAAUGUUUCACAUAGUCUGCUCCCAAGCCAGUAAGUACCUGGUUAAAAUAACCAAUAUAUAACAUAUUUGUUUUAAAACAAGCUUUGUGGGAGUAUUAUAUGGCCCAAACUGUUACAAAUAAAAAUUGUAACUUUUUA